AUGUCGCCUUCCAAAAAAAUAUGUGUGUUUUGUGGCUCGUCUUUUGGGUCCAAGCCUGAGUUCUCCACCGAGGCCGCGAAGCUGGGACUGAAAUUCUCGCAAAAAGACUGGGGAAUUGUGUACGGAGGUGGUACUACAGGUCUCAUGGGAGUUGUUGCCAACUCGUGCGCCUCUAAUGGAGGGUUUGUUCAUGGAAUCAUCCCCGAGGCUCUGAUUUCCAGAGAGCGCACAGAUGACGCUGCUGGCAUCAACGAGAAGCUCAAGGAAUCCGUUGAAAAUCACGUGGGAACCACUCCAAUUCCGGACGAAGACUCAUAUGGUACUACCACGAUCGUUAAGGACAUGCACACGCGAAAGAAGAUGAUGAGCGAGGAAGCCGAGGCGUUCGUGGCUCUUCCUGGUGGAUACGGUACUUUCGAGGAACUUCUUGAAAUGACUACCUGGUCUCAGCUGGGGAUCCACGGAAAAGCAAUUGUUUUAUUCAAUGUGAACGGAUUUUUUGACAAGUUUGUUGAGUUUAUCCAAGAAUCGAUCGAUGCUGGCUUCAUCUCGAAGGCUAAUGGCGAGAUUAUCAAGACGUGCAAUACGGUGGACGAGGUGGUUGAAGCGAUAGAGAACUAUGUUGUUCCACAGGGAAGAUUUAAGUUGAAUUGGAGUGAUAAGACUGAUUUGGUAAAGCCUUAG